GUAACACCACCUCUACACAAACAUCCGCUGAUACUUCCUGAAGAUGUAAGCAUGACGCAGAAACUCUUCUACUAACUGCGCCAGCCGUGAAGCAGGCAGAUGGGCGUUACAAGAGUUUAAUGGCUCUUGUGCUACAUCGACUGAGAUCAAGAACGUCCCGUGUUUUUCGCCCAGGUGUGUUCUUGUUACGAUUCCUAACCUCGGUCGGGAUGGACGAAAUGGGUCUGGCCGUGAGUCGUUCCGCGCUGGAGCGGCUCGACUUCGACAAUGUCGUCCUGAAGAAACUUCCCCUGGACUCGUCCGAGGAGCCCGGCGUGCGACAGGUGAAAGGAGCGUGUUUCUCCAGGGUCAAGCCGCAGCCACUGACCAAGCCUCGCUUCGUGGCGGUGUCUCACGAAGCUCUGGCUCUGCUCGGGCUCAACGGGGAUGAAGUCACGGACGACCCACACGGGCCGGAAUAUCUAAGCGGCUCCAAAGUAAUGCCUGGAUCCGAGCCUGCUGCUCAUUGCUACUGUGGCCACCAGUUCGGCCAUUUCGCCGGCCAGCUGGGUGAUGGGGCGGCCUGCUACCUGGGAGAGGUAAGAGUGCCGCCCAAUCAGGACACAAACCUCUUGCACGAAAACCCCAGUGGCCGAUGGGAGAUUCAGGUGAAAGGAGCUGGACUUACCCCCUAUUCGAGACAAGCUGAUGGCCGUAAGGUCCUUCGUUCCAGCAUUAGAGAGUUCCUUUGUAGUGAGGCUAUGUACUUCCUGCGUGUGCCCACCACAAGAGCAGGUUCUGUUGUAACUUCAGACAGCAAAGUCAUCAGGGAUAUCUACUACAGUGGACACCCUCGACAUGAGAGAUGCUCGGUGGUCCUCAGGAUCGCACCGACCUUUCUAAGGUUUGGUUCUUUUGAGAUUUUCAAGCAGGCAGAUGAGUUUUCAAAUCGUCAGGGUCCUAGCUAUGGACAUAAUGAGCUUCGAGUAAAGAUGCUGGAUUAUGUCAUUGAGAUGUUCUACCCAGAGAUCCAGCAGCAGUACCCGGACAGAAUGGAGAGGAACGUGUCUUUCUUCAGAGAGGUGAUGCAUCGGACGGCUCGCCUGGUGGCUCAGUGGCAAUGUGUAGGAUUUUGUCAUGGUGUCCUGAACACAGACAACAUGAGCAUUCUGGGACUCACUCUGGACUACGGUCCAUAUGGUUUCAUGGAUAGGUUCAAUCCAGAUUUCAUUUGCAAUGCUUCAGACAACUCUGGACGCUACUCUUACCAGGCUCAGCCCGCGAUCUGCCGCUGGAACCUGGUCAAGUUAGCAGAGGCCCUCGAUCCAGAGCUUCCAGCUGACCGGGCAAAGGCUGUUAUGGAGGAAUAUUUGGAUUUGUAUAACGGCUACUACCUUAACAAUAUGAGGAAGAAGCUAGGUUUAUUGAAAAAAGAGGAACCUGAGGACGAGAUCCUGAUCACAGAGCUUCUGCAAACCAUGCACAAUACAGGCGCUGACUUCACUAACACCUUCCGCAGUCUUAGUCAGAUCUCAUGUCCCUCGGAGGAACAAAGUGAGCCAGGAGAGGAGCUUGUCAAACAAGCUGCAAACCUCAUGUUGGAGCAGUGUGCUUCUUUGGAGGAGCUCAAAGCUGCCAACAAACCCACUAUGGACCCACGGGAGUUGGCAAUGCUGCUUUCUAUGGCUCAGAGCAACCCAGCGCUGUUCCAGUUGGUCUCAGACAGGAUGACAAUAGCGAGGCAGCUCAGCCAACUCAGCAAACUGAAGGAACUGAUGGAGACCAACGAGGAAGAACUCAAAACCAAACAAACUGAGGAGUGGACCGGCUGGAUCACACGCUAUCGGAAGCGUCUGGCUCAGGAGCUCGAGGGCUACAGUGACGUGCAGGCUGUGCAGGAAGAGCGGGUGAGGGUGAUGAACAGCACCAACCCGCGUGUGGUUCUCCGGAAUUACAUUGCCCAGAAUGCUAUAGAAGCUGCUGAGAGUGGAGACUUCUCUGAGGUCCGGCGGGUCCUCAAAGUUCUGGAGAAGCCAUUCUCCUCCCAGCCAGGUCUGGAGGUCCCUGCGUGGGUAGGCCAAGGUGGUGCCGCCCAACAGGGGGAGAGAGAUGAUGGCGUUGAGCAACAGGAGGAGGUGACAUCUGCCUCCACAGUCCGAAAUCCUGUACCGUAUGACAGCAAACCUCCAGCUUGGUCUCAGGCAAUCUGUGUCACAUGAUCUUCGUAAUAACUUCCCUGCGCUUCAUCAUCUGGCCUGCCAAAAUGUGAGGGAAGUUUUAGCAUUUGACUUCCUUUUUUCACAUUUUAAUGUACCUCCUGAUCAUUUGCACAACUCUAUCACUGCGUGGUGGGCCGGUGUCAGGGAAGUGGGUCUGAGAUUCAUCACUCCAUAGAGAACAUCAACGACGCAAGGCAGUCAGGGACUAAGUUGGGUGUGGUGUCACAAAUGUAUUAUUACUGUUAUCACAAUUUGAAGGACCUUACGUUUAUGACGUGUUCUUGUACACAUUGAAAAAGCUAGAUUGAUUUUUCUUUACAAUCCUGCAUGUUGUAAAGCAUCACCCCAUCUUGUUCCCUCUCUGUUUGGUGCCUGGUGGCUGUUAAUGACGCCUCAGACGGCAAGUUUUACAAGGACCUGUCUGAGUCUGAUAAACUGUGGGGGUAAUGCCUGAAAUACCAACUAGUUUGCAUUAGGCCUUUUUUUUUUAAAAAAUAUUAGUAAUAGCAAAUGAUUGCAUUAACAUUAACCAGCCACAACAUCAUGAUCACUUGAUAAGUGAGAUCCAAUACACACUUAGCAUUGUGUGAGAACCAUGAACUGAAGGGUGCCUUGAGGUACGAGCUUAAUUUGUUCCAUGACCAUGCUCAUAAACCAAACACUUGAAUCUCAAAUCUACCCGUUGAAAUGAAUGGAAAUACAAUUAAUCUGUUCCAGCCUCCAACCUUCCGCAGUCUUUGCUCACAUGAAGCUGCGCUGACAUCCAAUCAGACAGUUGUCUCAUUUCUGGGGAUUUGCGGCCGCUAUUUUAUUUUUUUUAAUUUUUUUUUUGCGCCUCGUGUUCCGGUUGAGCGCGUGCGUUAUUUUGCGCGUAGUGUCGUGUUACACACAUUCCAGGUGUGUCACCUUUUUAGUGGCAGACGUCCAAAUUUGGAGGCGGGAGUGGCUUUGUGCGACCUUUUAGGGUGCGCCUGCACACUCCACUCACUCACUCACUCACUCACGGGCGCAACGAUCGAACAAUGGACGAGUAGCUCUCCAAGAAACUGAACAACGAAUGAGAAGAAUAACCCGUCUUUAAUUGUGAACAUUUUCUUCAACUUCGCACGGCAAGAAUGUCUCGACGCGUCAGACCGGGGUACCAUCGGCAGGAAAUCAACAAAACCUCAUGGGAGGUACCGGAUAGGUACCGUGAUCUGAAGCAAGUGGGGACCGGAGCGUACGGGACCGUGUGGUGAGUGAAACGUGACAAAUGGACGUAAAAGUCUUGGAGGCGACGUGACAAUAGAAAGUCGCCGGGACGCAUCCCAUCAUGCGGCAAAGGAGAGCGACUCGGCUUGACACACGUUUCCAAUUUCCGUAUUACGGUUAAAUGGAAAACAAAAACCACGCCGACCACCCGACAAGAUUUUUUUUUUUACGUUGACUUUUUUUUUUUUUUUUUGGUGAUGUCACAAUGAUGAAAAUGAAUAUCCACUGGUGAACCAACAUACUGCAAAUGCAAAACAACAACAACAACAACCUUUGCACUACCAUAUGCAUUUACUGUCGAUUAUAAACAUGCAGACACCAAGAAUGUCGUCAUAUUGUCACUUGAAUGAUUUGACAAUAUUUCCGUCUAUUAAGCGUUUGUAAUUGUUAUAAAGGAGAAGUCGCCCUCGCU